CAACCAUGUCCAAAACAUCACGACCCCAAAAUGACUUCGGCUCGGAUCUCUGGGUCAGGAAUGAACAGCAACAUCGUCACGCUACAUCCGGACGAGGUCUCUUCGCCGGUCUCCAAGACGUCAAACAAUACAACGUCGACCAUGGCUGGGCGAAACGGACAGGAGAGGAAUCUGCUGGUCUUUGGGGGGUUGUGAGUCGAUUGCUCUGGGGGAGUUAUCGGCCUCCUACUCAAUGA